UAUGAGAUCCUCGCUAAUCCUGGAUCCGUGACAAAUGGUCUUGGUUUUCUGCGGUUCUCUCUCAACUCUCCGCACUCUCCCCUCUGCUUGUAUUCUGUUCUCUCUCUUUCCCUCUAUCGGAUUUCUGGGGUCGCUUGGCCAUGGCGACGGCAAGAGCGAUUCCUUCCUCGCAGUUCUUCCCUCCCAUCGUUGCCAACUUCAAAUCCAAGAACCUACAAUGCUUUCGUUUCAAUUUCCACUACCACCAUCCAGGAAGAAGACCAUCAUCACUCUCACCAUCCCUAGCUUCCUCCGUCAGGUGUUCUUCUAACAGCCCGGAGUCCUCUGGUUCUGCUGCCUCUAAACCAGAAGUGUUCGUUCUCACGACUCCCCUUUACUACGUGAACGCCCCUCCCCACAUGGGAAGCGCCUACACCACCAUUGCGGCGGACGCCAUAGCGCGGUUUCAGAGGCUAAUGGGGAAAAAAGUAAUAUUCGUAACUGGAACUGAUGAGCACGGGGAGAAGAUUGCAACGGCUGCAUCUGCGAAUGGCCGAAGGCCCAAGGAGCACUGUGACACCAUCUCUCAAGCUUACAGGAUGCUCUGGAAAGAUCUAGAUAUUUCUUUUGACAAAUUUAUUCGAACGACUGAUUCAUCCCAUGAAGCUAUUGUGAAGGAAUUCUACUCUAGAGUUCUUGAAAAAGGCGACAUAUACCGUGCCCGAUAUGAAGGUCUGUACUGUGUCAACUGCGAGGAAUAUAAGGAUGAGAAGGACUUGGAUGAACACCACUCUUGUCCAAUACAUCUGAAACCUUGUGUUCCACGAAGAGAGGAAAACUAUUUUUUUGCUUUGUCCAAGUAUCAGAAGCGUCUUGAGGAAUAUCUUGAACAGAAUCAACAAUUUGUCCAGCCAUCUUAUCGUCUAAAUGAAGUAAGAAGUUGGGUGGAGGAUGGUUUGAGGGAUUUUUCUAUUUCGCGUGCAUCAGUAGAAUGGGGAAUACCUGUCCCAAAUGAUGGUGACCAAACCAUAUAUGUUUGGUUUGAUGCUCUAUUGGGCUAUAUUUCAUCGCUUCUGGAGGCAGGAAUUGAACCAAAUUUACAAAAUGCUGUUUCUUCUGGUUGGCCUGCUUCACUGCAUUUAAUAGGAAAGGAUAUCUUGAGGUUUCAUGCUGUCUACUGGCCUGCAAUGCUGAUGUCAGCUGGAUUAAGUCUUCCAAAGAUAGUUUUUGGUCAUGGAUUCCUGACAAAGGAUGGUAAGAAGAUGGGAAAAUCUUUAGGAAACACACUUGAACCAAAAAAUCUUGUGUCUAGGUUUGGAUCUGAUGCAGUGAGGUACUUCUUCUUGAGAGAAGUGGAAUUUGGAAACGAUGGUGACUAUUCAGAAGAACGGUUUAUAAACAUCAUCAAUGCUAAUCUUGCAAACACAAUUGGCAAUCUUCUUAACCGCACGCUUGGACUUUUGAAGAAGAACUGCCAAUCUACAUUGGUGGUUGAUUCAGCUAUUGCAGCUUCAGGAAAUCCAUUCAGACAGACUGUGGAAGGACUGGUAGACAAAGCAAGGCUCCAUUUCGAGAAUUUGUCUUUGUCAACUGCUUGUGCUUCUGUGUUGGAGAUUGGAAAUGCUGGUAAUCUGUAUAUAGAUGAGCAUGCUCCAUGGUUGAAAUUCAAAGCUGGGGGUGCUAGUGCUGAAGCUGCUGCCAGGGAUUUGGUUACCAUAUUGGAAGCUGUGAGGAUCAUAGCAGUUGCCUUGUCACCGAUAACUCCUAGCCUCUGUUUGCGCAUAUAUUCACAGCUCGGUUACUCGAAGGAUGAAUUUGAUGCAAUUACUUGGAACGAUACAGCAUGGGGAGGACUUAAGGAAGGUCAGAUAAUGAGAGAGCCUGCACCUAUAUUUGCAAGAAUUGAGAUUGAAGACAAAGAGGAAGGAAAGGAUGAAGAUCAGCCACCAAAAAAGGCAUCAAAGAUGAAGAAGAGAUUACCACAAGCUCAAGGGGCUGCACAGGCUCAGGCAUGAAAAAUAAGGCACAACCCUUUAGGUGGAUUUGCAUAUGUUGAUCAACUAACAACCUUCUCCUUCGCAGACAUAUAUUGUAACAUGUCAAAUGCCGUGCUUCUUUGGUAGAACAUGUGAAUUGGGAUGUCCUGAUUUCAGGAUGUUCUGUCUGAAAGUGGAAAAAUCCCAUGCC